GCGGGACGUGGCUCAGGAAAGGGACAAGGUGGGGCGCUGUGUGUGGGUGACCGGGCAGCCGGCACCGUGCAUGGCGUGGCAGGUGAGUGUGCCCGAGCUGGAGGACCGCCUUCAGUGCCCCAUCUGCUUGGAGGUCUUCAAGGAACCCAUGAUGCUGCAGUGUGGCCACUCCUACUGCAAGGGCUGCCUGGUGUCCAUGUCUCGCCACCUGGACUCGGAGCUCCGCUGCCCAGUGUGCCGGCAGGAGGUGGAUAGCAGCAGCUCCCCGCCCAACGUCUCCCUGGCGCGGGUGAUCGAAGCCCUCCAGCUCCCUGGGGACACGGAGCCCAAGGUCUGUGAGCACCACCGGAACCCACUGAGCCUCUUCUGUGAGAGGGACCAGGAACUCAUCUGCGGCCUCUGUGGCCUGCUGGGCUCCCACCAGCACCACCGCGUCACGCCCGUCUCCACCGUCUACAGCCGCAUGAAGGAGGAGCUAGCGGCUCUCAUCUCUGACCUGAAGCAGGAGCAGAAGAAGAUGGAAGAGCAUAUCGCCAAGCUGGUGAACAACAGGACCCGGAUUGUCAAUGAAUCCGAUGUCUUCAGCUGGGUGAUCCGCCGCGAGUUCCAGGAGCUGCAUCACCUGGUAGAUGAGGAGAAGGCCCGGUGCCUGGAGGGUUUGGAGGGUCACACGCGCGGCCUCGUGGCCUCCCUGGACAUGCAGCUGGAGCAGGCCAAGGGCACUCAGGAGCGGCUGGUCCAGGCCGAGCACGCGCUAGAGCAGUUCAGUAAUGAGAGUCACCACGAGUUCAUCCGGAAGUAUCACUCCAUGGCCUCCAGAGCAGAGCUCCAGCAGGCCCGGCCUCUGGAAGGCGCCUUCAGCCCCAUCUCCUUCAAGCCGGGCCUCCACCAGGCUGACAUCAAGCUGACUGUGUGGAAAAGGCUCUUCCGAAAGGUUCUACCGGCCCCGGAGUCCCUCAAGCUGGACCCCACCACCGCCCACCCCCUCCUGGAACUCUCCAAGGGCAACACGGUGGUGCAGUGUGGGCUCCUGGCCCAGCGGCGAGCCAGCCAGCCGGAGCGCUUUGACUACAGUACCUGCGUGCUGGCCAGCCGGGGCUUCUCCUGCGGCCGUCACUACUGGGAGGUGGUGGUGGGCGGCAAGAGCGACUGGCGCCUGGGGGUCAUCAAGGGCACAGCCAGUCGCAAGGGCAAGCUGAGCAAGUCCCCGGAGAAUGGCGUGUGGCUCAUCGGCCUGAAGGAGGGCCGGGUGUACGAGGCCUUUGGGUGCCCUCGGGUGCCCCUGCCCGUGGCCGGCCACCCCCACCGCAUCGGCGUCUACUUGCACUACGAGCACGGGGAGCUUACCUUCUUCGAUGCCGACCGGCCCGAUGACCUGCGGCCGCUCUACACGUUCCAGGCUGACUUCCAGGGCAAGCUCUACCCCAUCCUGGACACAUGCUGGCACGAAAGGGGCGGCAAUGCGCUGCCUAUGGUGUUGCCCCCGCCCAGCGGGCCUGCCCACCUCACCCCCACGCAGCCCACAAAGCUGUAGGGCUACUGGUCAGUGUGCCUGCCCACGGGCUCUUCCCAGCCGGGCUCCGCUGGGUCCAGCGUGCAGAGAGGAUGUUCCCACACAGAAUUUCUCCAUGUCAUUGUGAACUUAAGGAUAAUAAAUUUGAUAUCAUCUUUCUCUUUAAGUGAUUUGCAAGUGUUAACUGCUGU